AUGGCAGAAGAGGAAACACUAAAUGCCUUCGCAAUCCAGGAUAAGAGUCAGGUUUGGAUGAAAUUUAAUGGGAACAUUCUUGAAACUUUUGAGUCCCUCCUGGAACGUCUACAUCCUGAAGAGAAAACGGAACAUGCGCUUUGUUUAUGUUCCAGGCAGCGGCGGAGGCCACGGAGGAGGCUUCGGAUUCGGAGGCCGUCCUGCAGGGGGUUUGGAGGCUUCGGAGGAGGCGUCGGCGGCGCUGCCGGAGGUUUCAGCAGUUUUAGCGGAGGUUUCAGCAGCUCUAGCGGAGGCUUCGGAGGCAGUCACGGCGGCUUCGGGGGUUCCAAUGCAGGGUUUGGAGGUUCCAAUACCGGAUUCGGGGGUUCCAAUACAGGGUUUGGAGGUUCCAAUACCGGAUUCGGGGGUUCAAAUACAGGGUUCGGGGGUUCAAGCGGAGGCGUAGGAGGUUCUAAUGCGGGUUUCGGCGGAAACACCGGAGGUUUCGGUGGUAACACAGGUGGUUUCGGCGGUUCUGGAGGCGGCGGCCACGCAGGAUCGAACACAGGGUUCGGCGGAGGCUUCGGAGGCAACGCGGAUGGUUUCGGCGGUUCUCAGGGAGGUUUCGGCAGUAGCGCUGGAGGCUUCAGCACUUCAAGCGGAGGUUUCAGCAGCGCCAGCGGAGGUUUCGCCAGUGCCAGUGGAGGCUUCAGUAGUUCGAGCGGAGGUUUCAGCAGCUCGAGUGGAGGCUUCAGUGGCACCAGUGGCGGCGGAAGCGGCGGCGGUGUGGGGGCUUCACCGAGCAGCGGCGGGAAUGUGCCCAUCCCCGCAGUUAUCGGAAGUCCGGUUAGCAACGGCGUAAACGUUGGAUACCAAGUCCCACACGCGUAAACGUUUGCGUUCUGAAACCAAACGCUGCGAGAAGGAGCAGCAUGUCAACAAACGUUUCUCAGACUUAGACCACAGCUUGUUUUUUCUUCGUUUUUUUU